UUCCCCAAGUGUACAUUCAGUCGUGGCGAGAAUCUGGCGAGUGUGGAUGCGUUUUAAGCAGAAAGCGCGCCCAAAAGAAUUUAAUUCUGCCCAAAGCCUCUUGGUCUGAGAAAAUAUCAAAAAAAUCAAAUAAAUAAGAGAAAAACAACUAAGUGAGAUAGUCUUUUGGCCAGCCAAGUCUGAAUUUGUUUAAAGUGCAACAGUGACAAGAAGCAAUUACGAAAGCGGCAAACAUUGCGCCAACUAUUGUCUGCCGCAAUUUCAGAAAAUUAACAAAGCCAGUUCGUGAAGCUCUGUACGCCGCAGGAUAUCCUGAAAUCCAAACGUUGGAAAAAAUCCAAUACAGAUAUAUGUGUAUAUGUAUUAUGUAUGUGCGAGUGCCUGUGGUGGUGCAAUAUUUGUGAGCGCCAAAAAAACCGAAGAGACGAAGCCGCGCAGUCGAAUAAAUCUCUCGUCUCUCCGUUUCGCAUUUCGUCCUUCGCCAUCGCGUUUCGUCGCUUUCUCCAUCUCGAAAGUCGCGUAGUAAAAAGUGUCGGCACAACGCUGCACCUCGUUGCGCCACCCGCCCGACAUCCGCCACCCCACGGCCACACGGCUGGCCCCAGGAGCUUGGAGAUUUGUUUUUAGUAAACUUUUUCGCACUCGGCUUCGGAAUUGCGAAUUUGGCGCGCAGAGGCACCAAGAAAAACGUCAAUUCGGCAUUCCAGAAGCCCACAUAUCAAACUACCUGUGCAAUUAAAACUUCUCAUCGGAAAACAACAGACUUUAUUGAUUUGCAACAAUGUUAAACACACCUGAUGGAAGCAAUAAAAACAUUUGGCAACACAAAAUUCCCAUCCAGUAUAUGAAAAAGUCAUCGUAAUCAAAAGUAAUAAAAACCCAUUCAAACAUAUCAAAUAUAUCCUAUCGAAAUAAAAUAAAUUGAAGUCCAGUUCACAUACAGGUAUUAGCUGGAAAUAUUUGUGUGGUUUUUUAGAACGUGGCAAGGACGCGGGAAACAAAUAAUUCGACAUUUUGGCAACUGAAACUAAAAUCAAUCUAACGUGGAGGAAACCUCAAACUAGUGAAUUGUGAACUAUCCAAAACAAAUUGACCCAAAUAAAUACGCACACGAACGGGUAAAACAAACAAAAUGGAGCGCAAACACUGGAGCUGCUUUGUGGCCAUUGUGCUGGGCGUGCUAAUAUUCAAAAUGCACAUAUUUGGUGCUGUCGGAGAUCAGGACGAGGAUAUACCACACAAUGAGGUUCGCAACUGGGCCUUGAAGUUCGGCGUCGACCUGUGGGAGUUUGGACGUCAAUUUACCAAAAUGAACGAGAUAAAAAAUCGCUUCAAGGACAACGACAUCGAAGUGAAACGCAAGGAUGGGAUUAUCCUGCUUCGAGAAUUGGCCGCUGAGGUGAAGAACUUUAUGGAUUUUAAGCGCAAUGCUGUCAUGCGCCUGAUGGACUCCGCCGAGCAGGCGGCCCUCUCGGAACUGGAGGGCCAGGGACAAGGGGAGUCGCCCUCGGGCAAUCAACAGCACUACGAUGCCCGGCGGAUUAACGAGUACAACGCCGACGGCAAGCUGGCGGACGGAGCCCGGCACAUGGACAUCCGGUUCAUGCGGCGCUUUGAGCGCCUGCCAGUCAAUCUCAGUCUAAGUUCGAUUCUGGUGCCCCACGGUGUCGAUCUGGACGAGGCGGCGGACGUGAAGUCGGCGCUGCAGUGGAGCGCCCACUUGGACCCGCUCUUCCAGAACAACUUAGAGCAAGAUCCGGCACUAUCCUGGCAAUAUUUCGGCUCGUCCACGGGCUUCCUGCGCCGCUUUCCGGGCACUGCCUGGCCCCCGGAGGGCUCUAAGGGCAGCAAGCUAAUCCAUGACUUCCGCACCCACAAUUGGUUCGUGCAGGCUGCUUCAUCGCCCAAGGAUAUUAUGAUUCUUCUGGACGCCUCUUCGAGUAUGUCCGAGAAGUCCUUUGACCUGGGCAUGGCAACUGCUUUCAAUAUCUUGGACACUCUGGGCGAAGACGAUUUUGUGAACCUCAUCACCUUCUCGGAGGUGGUGAAGACUCCGGUUCCGUGCUUCAAGGAUCGCAUGGUUCGGGCCACACCCGACAACAUUCAGGAGAUUAAGUCUGCGGUGAAGGCCAUUAAAUUGCAGGACACGGCUAACUUUACGGCGGGACUGGAGUAUGCGUUCAGCUUGCUGCAUAAGUACAACCAAUCGGGAGUUGGGAGCCAGUGCAACCAGGCCAUCAUGUUGAUUACAGAGAGCACCUCGGAGUCGCACAAGGACGUGAUCAAGCAGUACAACUGGCCCCACAUGCCUGUGAGGAUUUUCACAUACCUGAUAGGAAGUGACUCCGGCAGCAGGAGCAACUUGCACGACAUGGCGUGCUCCAACAAGGGAUUCUUCGUGCAGAUCAACGACUAUGAGGAGGCCCGCCGCAAAGUUAUCGACUACGCACUGGUGAUGGCCCGUCCGAUGAUCAUGUACCAGGCGGAUCAUCCGGUGCACUGGAGCCCGGUGUUUGUGGCCGGAAAAUCAGGCGGACUCGGCCGGGACUCAGAGUACCAGCGACGCCUGGUGACGACAGUUUCAACUCCGGUCUUCGAUAGACGGAACCAUUCGGUUCGCGUUGCCAAUCUGCUGGGUGUGGUGGGCACCGAUGUGCCCAUCGAGGAGAUCCGCAAGGUCAUCCCCCAGCACAAGCUAGGACCGAAUGGCUAUUCGUUUAUCGUCGAUAAUAAUGGGCGUGUCUUGUAUCACCCGGACCUGCGACCUUUGAGUGAUGGCAAUCAGUACAUCGAUCAGCUGAAGCCCAAGUACGCCUCGGUCGACAUCACGGAGUUGGAACUGCCGGAAACGGAGGUCGGAAACGAUCACGAGAUAGUGGAGAUGAACAAAAACUUACUUAAUGAGAUGCGCGGCGACAUGAUCCGACCUAAGGAGGGAGAAACGGAGUUCACCGUUCUGAAUCACUACGAUGAGUCCAAACGCGUCUCCACUCGAACCCAUCGCUACUUCUACGGACCCAUCGAGGACACGCCCUUCACGCUUGCUAUUGUGCUCCCGGAGAAAUACGGUAGCCAUGAGUUUGUCUCCCAGCAGGAAAUUCGGCAUUCCCGUAACAAUGUUACGGAAUACUUCAAGGGAGACAACUGGCGCGUACAUCCUGAUUGGGUGUACUGCGAGUACAAUAGUGUCAGCGAUCUGGAGAAGGAGCGGGAGAGUUCUGGAGAAUACUCUUCGCGAGAUCAAGAACCCAGCUUUGGGUCACCAGAAGAGCAGGUAUUGCACUUCCUGGCUCGCGCCGGACGCCCUGGUUGGAAGUGGAUGUCGGUUCGACCCAAGUCACCGCAACCACACCACAACAUGCACAGUGGCUCAAACGGCAAUGCACCCGGCUCAAGCCACUUUGGGUCGCAGCACCUAAACUCUCAGGGAUCUCGCAAGGCUGAGCCCUACUUCUGCGAUCGAACCCUUAUCCAGAGCUUGGUGCGCGACGCCAUGGUCACCGAUGGCCUCGACCGGAACACUACGGGCACCUCCAACGGCAAGGAGGACAAGCAUCCAAUCGCCACAUUGAUGGCAAUUUUGAAGAGGCAAGGUUAUCAAAAGUUUGUGGUGGCCACUUCUUUUGUGGGGACGCGGUCGGGUCUCCUCCGCUGGAUCGAUCACAUUAAGAGGCCCGAAGAUACCCCCGAACCUCACUUCAGCGAGGAUAAUGUGCGGGCCAUGGACACUUCCUGGUACAAGCGUGCCAUCGACCAACACACCGUGGAGCCUGACAGCUUCGUGUAUAGUGUCCCCUUCGGGUCUGGCUAUGCCAUCAAGUCCAACGCCACCCUGGUCACGGCGUCCCAUGCUAUCUUCGUGGAGCACCGUGGCCACAAGGCACCCGCCGCCGUUGUGGGUCUCCAGUUCCAGCAUGACUCGCUAGCCAAACACUUUAUUAAUAUUACUUCCACAUGCACUGGGAUGACGGGAUGCAAAAGAACUUGCGCUUCGGACAAUCUCGACUGUUAUGUCCUAGACAAUAGUGGCUUUGUUAUAAUCUCCGAGGAGAUGGAACACACUGGAAAGUUCUUUGGACAAAUAGACGGCACUAUUAUGGAUUCCUUGGUCCAGGAUCGCAUCUACAAACGGGUUACGGUUAACGAUUACCAGGGAGUCUGUUCCGAUGCCGAUAAUCCCUACACAGCUGCUGGUGGAAUAAUGAAACCUAAUCGUAUCGCAUCCUGGUUCUUCAACCACUUGGUGGCCUUGAGCGCUGCCUGGUUGGCACUUAUGCCGAGUGCCUUGCGAGCCUGGCCACAGGAUGAUUAUACGUAUGAUAACGAGGACGUCAUCUUUAUGGAAAACAACUAUUCAGAUGAAUACGAACCGGAGGAAAAUGAUUACAACUUGCCAGUGGAUCAGGAAAUGGAUGAGUUCUUCACCACAGCCGAUGUGGAGUAUACGACACCACCACCUAGACAACACAAGCCCCAUGUAGGACCAAGAUUUGCGCCGGACCCUCAGAAUGCCAGACGAUGCGACCUGCGAACGGAUCUCUACAUGCUCCAGCCCGAACGACUAAUACAGGGAGGUCAAAACAAUCCUCUGAAGGGAAAACUUACCAAUUGCCAUGUGUCUGGCUGCGAACGGCCAUUCAGUGUCCAGAAGAUCCCGCACAGCAAUCUCAUCCUGCUGGUGGUGGACACUUUGUGUCCAUGUGGGUCCAAGCAACUGGACAUCGAGCCGAUGGAGGAGUCUGGAGUCAUAGGAGCGUGCAGCACUAGGCGACAGGGCCAGGAACAGGAGUCGCGGCGAAGACCCAGAAAGUGCAUCAAUUACCAUCCGGAGGAGAUCGAGAUACAGCAGUGCGGGCGGGGUAGCACCCUUCUGCACAUGUCCGGGUCGGUGGUCGUGGCCCACCUCCUGAUGGUGGUCGUGACCUAUGUGCUGGCCAACGCGUGAUACGAGCACUAAGUUACUUUUGAGGAUUAGGUUUGGACUAUUUUUGUAUCAGAGGAGCAAGCGGAGGCACGCUUUGGCUUUCAUACGAUGUGAAGUUUCUGUUACUUGAUUUGCCGCCGAAGUGGACGCAGUGGCCACUUCUCAGCCACCAUUUUGCAUAGCCAAAUGGCCAAUGGGAAAAAUACAAUGUUUUUCAACGAUUCGGAAAAUCGAGCAGGCAAGCACCAUUACAUAAAUAACACUAACGAGUUUAUAUGUUUGUAGACAAUAAUUUGCGGGAGAGGAAAUUAAAAUUAGUGACAAUUAUAGCUAAACAUGGAUUCAGUGGGCAAUAAGCGAGUAAUUCAAAUUAAUGAUUUAGUCGAGAUAGAAACUUACUAGCGCGAGCUUUGUUUCCCGAUAUUCAAGAAGUAUUUGUUUCAUCCUAAUUACCGAGUAAGACAUACAAAAUACGAGUGCAAAACUAAUUUAUCAAAUGUAAUAUCGAAAUAAUCUAUUCGACAGUUGGAUUCUGUAAAUAUUAUGAAUAUACAUUGAAUAUGAACAAAAUUCCUACCGAUAAUGAUUAGUUUUUCCUGUUUUCUACUGUACAACUCAAAUAAGAACGACGGUUAAUUAUGCACUCAACUACGUACGCACAACUAUGAAGUAUUAUAUCAUUUUAAAGACAACACAAACGAAUUCACUGAACAAAUGGAAGACUUGAACUACUCGACAGCAAUGUAAAAAUAGCAAAAGCACACAAAAAAAAAAAGGAAAAACUGAGCCGAAACCAAUCGAAUAGAAAGUCCAAAUCAGAGACUAGUGUACAUAUGCGGGUCACUUCCAAAAGACGAACAACUAGUCGGAAGCCUGCAUUAAAAACUGAAUGUUUGUUAGUUUCAAUGCAAGCAAACAUAAGCAAGAAAUUAAGGGAAAAUAGUCAUUUAUUUUAUAUACAUUUUUAUAAAAACUUGGGUGGAACGAGAAGAGAAAAUAAAUCGGCUUGAGCUAUUCAACCCCAUCAUUUUAAGUCCACUCCGAAAUAAUAGUUUCGAUGUUUAUGUUGACCACAUUGGAAUUAACAUAUCGAUCGAUGUUUAAAAAAUAUCUUAUUUUAUUUUCUUCCUAAACAAUCUUAAGAAAAAAAGAAAUUACUCGAAACACUACAUAUUCACAAUAAAACCACUCACUCACACUGAAAAAAAC